GUUUUGAAGUUUUGUCAGGCGAAUAUUAUAAAAAUCUCGUUAAAGUAUGGUGGUGCUUUUGUUAGUAAACUGUGUAUGAAAUAUUGAAGUAGUACUUUGUAGAAUUUUAUGCUCCUGCCUCGGUGGGAUGCUUUCCUCGCCUGUCAACGUAAACCAUAACGAGACGACCUAUCCGACUGAGGACGUUCCCCUCGAAGGAAGUGUUGAUGGUUCCGCCACUAUGAUCCCGAUGAGCUCGUUUGAGGUCACGGCCGAUCCAGUCCCCAGCCCUUUUGCCCAGGCUCAGGUGGCCGAAAGGGCUUCGGUCCGUCACCGGCCUUUGGCCAAGGCAAUUACCCAACCCCCGACACAGACCGAACCCGUGAGACAUCAUGGAAACAACAAGAAACUGAACGAAUUCGCCAUUAUUCUACCAGUCAACUCCUCCACCGAGAAGCCCAAAUUCCACCUACCGGAUUUACGUUGGGGUCCCUUCUUCGAAGGUGGCGAUGCACCACAUAACAUCACCGCAAGGGUUGGAUCCGCCCUCGUUCUUGACUGCCGCAUCGGACUUCUACAAGAUAAAACCGUGA